UUAGUCUCCAAGAGCAGAUCCGACGCGACCGAAACCAAACCACCGUGUAAGUCUCCAUCUCCGCCUGAAUCAUACAUACCUCGAAGAAGGAGCUUCUCGAAUCCUUUCCGUCAAAGAAGACAAGUAAGAGCACAACCUCUCUUUUAUCUUCUUCUCCUCUCUGAAUUUGGAGCUUCUGGGUGGUUAACGUCUCUGCUCAGCAUAAGAGAUGAAAGUAGUUAAGGCAAAUGCAGGAGCACUUACCAAUUUCGAGGUGCUUGACUUCCUAAACUCAAGAGGUGCAUCAAAAGAUACUACUAGAGUUAUAGCUCCAAUUGCUAGAUCAGAAUACAAGGUCUAUGAUUAUUUGUUGGAGACUGCUGCUUCCACUCAAACACGAGAGAGCGUUAACAAAUUCGCAGAUAAGUGCAAAGAUUUCAAAGUCGCCAAAGCUGAGAUUCUCAACAUCAUCAAUCUCCGGCCUUCUUCUAUUGUCGAAUUGGAUCCGAUCAUAGAGAAGGCCCCCGAGGGACAGGAAGACCGAGUAAUCGACACAGAUGGGAUAUUAGAGCUUGUGAAGGAUUUGCUACCGCCUCUGCCUACUACUGAAACUGAAACCCCUAACGCUAAUGACGAAGAAGAAACAGACAACGGUGAACACCCGAACGCUACUGCCGAAGAAGAAACAGACAACGGUGAACACUCGUAGCAUGCAAAUGAAGUUUUAAAAUAUAUAUUUUUAAGUAAUCUAGCUUCAAAAGAAACUGAAAUUGUACUAAACUAGGUUGAGUUAGAGAUGAUUUAAUUUUGGUUUCAUAUUCUAUCGUAAUCAAAAUCCGUAAAACUAAA